AUGACGUCGUCGUAUCCAGACUGCAUAGGCGAUGAUGCAAACGCUGCCUGUGCAUGGCCCGUGCGAAAGGCGAUCAAGAAGAUGAAGAUGUGGGGGUGGGUCGCAGGUGCCGGCGGUGCGGCAAAAGGCAGGGACCACCACUGGCAGUGCAGCCAGGACGCAGCAGCAGCGGCACCUGUGGAGUUUGUGGCUGUCUGCACGCCUGGCAGACAGCCGCCCCCAGACGUCAGACCAGGCAGUCGUAUGGCGCCUGCUGCGUGCGCGCGCAAGCUAUUAGAGUUUUCUGGCCUUUCUGUCGCUCCAGCAAGUUCCUGGGGUUCCGGGAUUUCCGGCGGAGGCCCACAUGGUUUCUGGGACAAGUCACUGGGCUUUGGGUUGUAUGCCGAGCCGCUCCCGUCGGGAGGGGAGGUCCAGGAAGCGCAAACUGUCUCCUCGGGCCACUUACACCUCAAGGUUCGUGCUCUGGACGCCUAG